AUGAAGGUCACAUAUGCAUUGACAGCUUUGAGCUUGCUCGGCGUAGCAAUUUCUCUCCCUACUCCAGUUGAUACAAGAGAAGCACACAGCAGCGAAUCCACAGUAGAGGCAAAACGGGAUGCUGCACCAGCAGAAGAAGCUACCAACUAUUUCUAUGCUGUUCAGAAGAAGGAUGCUGUGCCCGAAGAAGCCUCCAACAUUUUCUACGCUGUUCAGAAAAAGGAUGCUGCGCCAGAAGAAGCUACAAAUUUCUUUUAUGCCGUUCAGAAACGAGAUGCCGUGCCAGAAGAAGCCUCCAACAUUUUCUAUGCUGUUCAGAAGAAAGAUGCUGAACCAGAAGAAGCUGCAACCAACUGGUUUUAUGCUGUACAAAAGCGGGAUGCUGUGCCAGAAGAAGCUUCCAACAUUUUUUACGCCGUUCAGAAGAAGGAUGCCGUACCAGAAGAGGCUGCCACCAACUGGUUUUACGCUGUACAAUAG